AUGAGCAGUUCACACAUUGCGCAGGAACUUUCGGCAGUGCGAAAACAGUACCUGCAGCAGACGGCUGAAGUUGCGAAGCUUUCUGAGCAGUAUGGUGCAAUUCGGGCUUCGUCAGAUUCAGCUGCUGUGGAACUUGCAGCUGCUCGGAAGCAGCUUUCUAUGGCAAAAGCGGAGGCCGAGCUGGCAGUGAGCGACCGCAUUGACUUGAUGAAGGAAAACAGCCAUCUGAGGCAAGAAUUUACGCAGGCGAUGAGUGGGAUCAUGCUUUACUUUUUGAAGCUCGAGGAUGAACGUAAGAGACUUCUCCCGUUUGAGAUAGAAUGCGAACGGAUGCGGGCACGCAUGGUUCUUGAAGAAACUCGAAUUAAAGAGAUAACUGAGAAGCACGCAGAAACACUGCUUCAAUUGAAGACGACGUUGGCGGACGAGAAGGCCCUUAGGCAUGAGAUAGAGAGUCAGGCCAAUGAGAUCGCCACACUUGCUACUGACCUUAGAUCGGCUAACCAGCGCGACGCACAGAAAGCUGAACAGUUGCGGGCAACCAUGGAGGAGGCGCGACGCUUUGAAAACGAGGCGCAACGACGCCUUGAAGAUGUAGCUCGUCUAGAAGCCGAGAAUGCCAAGAUAGCAAAAGAACUCGAGUGCUACUCGAAAAAGCAUUUUCAGGACCUUACAGAAACUCUAGCAGAGAAACAGAAGCUCAAACUGGAACUGGAUGCAGCAACAGAGUACAACAAUCAGUUGUCGGUAGAGCUUCAACUCAUGAAAGAGUCAAACUGGAGGCAGAAGGAGGAACUAAGGAGCUCACGAGAGGAAAUCACCAUGCUUUCAAGCAAAGUGCAAGAGCUGAUGCGCCAGGCAGAUAUAUUUAAACUAGAAGCUACUUUGGAGGCACUUAGGCAAGAGCUGAUGCGUAAAGAUUCGAGCGAAAAAGAAGCACUUAGUCGGAUGAGGGUGCAACUGCAAGGAGCGCAACAGCAGCAUGAGGCAGCAGUGGCAAAGAAGAAGCAGUUGCGAACUCAGCUCAUGGAGGCUACAAGAGCAUUACAUGUGACUCGAGUGAGAAAUGAAGAGAAACAGACAGCUCUAGCUGCGGCAAACGGAGCGGCAAAAGAAAAAGACUUGGCUGAAAAAUGCGCAACUCUCGAGACGAAGUUGGAAGAAGUGAAAAGACAUCAUGAAAUCGAAGCAGCUAAAAGGCAGCGAGAUAACCUUGAAGUACGCCGCCAUCAGCAGGAGCUUGCAAGCUGCAGAAAGCUUUUGCAGGUAACUCCCCGCAUCCAGCUCGGCCUACCUGAGGAGUCUGCCGAGAGGGCUGAGGCUGAAGCAGCUUGGGCCCGUACUGUUGAGGAACAGGUUCAACAGAGAGUGUCGGUACUGGAGAAGGACUUUGCCUUGCGCAUAGCGAAGAUCCGCAAGAAGGUUGCAGAAAGGGCAGAAUACAAUCACCUCCUCGAUGAGCUACUUGCGGCUGGUAUGUUUCCACCUUUGGCCAGCCUUGGCAAUCCUAUGAAGCAAACGAUGCAGAAGCGGCUAACAGAUGCAAAGCGGGCACGUGUGUGA